AUGAACGAUCACGAAGCAGCGCAAAGCAUCGAUUCAGACGAACUCCAACUGGUACAACCUCUCUCCUCUCCACCCACCACGGCCAUGGGCGACCGGCGCAGCGAACUCCAAAAGCUAGGGUACAAACAGACCCUCCAUCGUACAUGGCACUAUGUCGAAAACUUUGCGGCUAGUUUUUGCGCCCUCAACUUUAUCGGUGGCGUACGCUCGGUAUUCUUCUUAGGACUUCUCGCAGGUGGACCACUCGCCAUGUGGACCUCCUAUCUUGUCACACUCUUCGGAAUGUUCAUCACUGCUGCUGUCCUCGCAGAGAUCUGCUCCGCACUCCCACUUAGCGGAUCAAUCUACAUCUGGGCUGCCGAGGCCGCUGGUCCGAAACUGGCAAGGUUUGUCGCGUUUGUCGUCGCCUGGUGGGCAUGUACCGCUUGGAUGACAUUUGCUGCGGGUAAUUGUCAGACCACGGCCAAUUAUAUCAUCUCACUCAUGGUCGUGUACGAGUAUGACUAUCCUGGUGGGAUCAGCAUGGACAACGUCAAAUUCCGUGCCUUUGUUUGGAUUGUCUCGGAGUUGUUCCUCGUCAUUGCAAUUGCGCUUAACCAUCUUCCACGUCUGUAUCUUUUUUAUUGCGAUCCUCCUUCCCUCCUUUCAAGAUGGUACUCCCGCGUCUUCAAGUUUUCCCUCGCACUCAUGAUGCUCGACUUCUUCCUGUGCAUCAUCUGGCUCCCCAUUGGCGCCUCCAAGACUUAUGGCUUGCGAAGCACGCACGAUGCCUUUAUGACGACUUACAACGGAACUGGCGCCCCGCCCGCAUGGAACUGGAUUCUUUCAUUCCUCUUCACUGCUGGAACGCUCACUGGAUUCGACGCGGCUGGGCACAUUGCAGAGGAGACAAAAAAUGCCAGCAUUGUCGCUGCUCGAGGAAUCUUUACGAGCGCGGUCGCGACAGGCAUCUGCGGCUUCCUGACGAUGAUCGUUUUCCUCUACUGCACGCCUAGCUUUGACGUUCUCUUCAACCUCUUCGCACCUCAACCAUUCGUGCAAGUCUACGCACUCGCCCUCGGCAAGGGAGGUGCAGUGUUCAUGACCUGUCUUGCGACAUUGGGCUUGAUUAUCAACACGAGCAUCGCCGUCGUUGCUGCCUCGCGUCUCAUCUAUGCCGUCGCACGAGACGGUGUACUUCCAGGUUCCGGAUGGAUUAGUCAAGUCACAGCAGACGGCCAGCCUCGCAAUGCCGUGCGGGUGAUGUACAUCUUCGGUGCUAUUCUGUUGUGCACAAUCCUUCCUUCCAAUGUCGCCUUUACGUCUCUCAUCUCUGCGGGUGGUGUGCCGACGAUUGCGGCAUAUGGCCUGAUUGCCCUGCUGAGAUUGACGAUGACACCUCGCUCGUUCAAGAGUAGCAAGUACUAUCUGGGAAAGAUCGGCCCGGUUUUCUACGCUAUCGCGGCCGCAUUCCAGGCCUUGAUCUUUGCUGUCGACAUCUCCCCAUUCUUCUUCCCAGUUACUGUCCAGUAUUUCAACUUUGCUCCUGUCAUCUUCGGCGCAGCGACCAUCUUUGCCAUUCUGAGCUGGUGGUUCACACCCGAAUCAAAGUGGCUCCGCCUCGAGCACGUCAGAAAGACGUUUGAAGGCGCAGACGGUCGUGGCGAGAGCGAUCGCGAGAGUAUCGCUGGCUCUGGUGAUACCAAGCACGCUCAGAAUACCGCUGAUCCGACUACGACAAGCAAAUAA